GGAAUAGCGAGGACAGAGGGGACAGAGGGAGGACAGAGGGGACAGCGAGAUGGAGACAGGGGACAGCGAGAGGACAGCGCGAUGCAGCCCCGCGGGACGGGCGCGCACUGUCCGGAGUGACCGUCCGGCUCUGUCCGGAGUGUCCCGAGUGGCCGCAGUCCCUGUCACAGUGUCCGGAGUGUCCGCAGUCGCUGUCACAGUGUCCCGAGUGGCCGCAGUCGCUGUCACAGUGUCCCGAGUGGCCGCAGUCCCUGUCACAGUGUCCGGAGUGGCCGCAGUCCCUGUCACAGUGUCCGCAGUGGCCGCAGUCGCUGCCCGAGCCCGGCACGGCCGGGGAGCGGAGCAGCAGCCGCAGGAGCAGCCCCGGGAGCGCCGGGCCCGGCCCGCCCCCGCCGUCAUGAGAGGCUGGGCCGGGCAGAGCCGAGGGAUCCCCGGGACUGGGACAGGGACCGGGAUCGGGACAGGGACCGGGACAGGGACUGGGAUCGGGACAGGGACUGGGAUCGGGACAGGGACCGGGACAGGGACUGGGAUCGGGACAGGGACCGGGAUCGGGACCGGCACCGGGACAGGGACUGAGAUCGGGACAGGAACCGGGAUCGGGACCGGCACCGGGACAGGGACUGGGAUCGGCAUCGGAACCGGGAUCGGGACAGGAACCGGGACCGGGACAGGAACCGGGAUCGGGAGCCGCUCCCACCGCGGCCCCGCAGCCCAGAAAACCCUUUUCUGGAUUUUGUUCUUUCAAUCAAAAAUCCCGCCCAGGCCGCCGAGAGCAGCGGGACAGGAGGGGGCGAGACGGGAAUAA